AUGUCGCAUCAAACUGGAAUAAAAGCUAACGAAAAGCUCACCAAAGUUUUUGCGAAAAGUAAAAACGGAAAGCUACGUGUGAUAAAGGUAUCAAUAGAAAAUGAGGAGUUAAAUUGCACAGCUACAGUAGAUGUGAAGAAAGACUGGGAAAGAGACUAUGACAAAUUGAUAGGUCCAUUAAUAGAAGAAAAUGUACCAUGUUAUAUUCUCUACCGUUUGGAUAGUAAAACUUCGUUGGGAUAUGCAUGGCUCCUGCUGAGCUGGGUACCAGAUACUGCCACAAUACGACAGAAGAUGGUUUACGCAUCUACAAAAGCCACACUUAAAAAUGAAUUCGGUUCAGCUCAUAUCACCGAGGAAAUACAUGCGACAUCAAUAGAAGAAACUACCUUCGAAGGAUAUGUAAGACAUAAACAAGACUUCGCGGCACCAGCGCCAUUAACAACGCGGGAAGAGGAGCUUGUAGAAUUACGAAAAACUGAAAUCAACACCGAUAUCAAUACCGACACGCGACACCAAACUUUAGGUGGUGUUGCUUGCCCACUGACUGACGCCACUGUGGUUGCUAUAAAGGAUCUGCUUCGCGGUUCAUAUGACUAUCUACAAUUUCGAAUUGACCUUGAAGAGGAACGUAUACAUGUCUCCAAAGCAGCUGUGGUGUCGUUGAGUGAUUUGCCUCGUCAAAUUCCUGACGAAAAUGCACGUUACCAUUUAUAUCUCUUCAAACAUACUCAUGAAGGUGACUAUCAAGAGGCAUUURUUUUCAUUUAUUCUAUGCCAGGCUAUACAUGUUCGGUACGUGAACGUAUGAUGUAUUCCAGCUGCAAAGCUCCCUUUUUGGAUACUCUGAAUGCUUUUGGAGUGACUGUGGUGAAAAAAUUAGAAAUUGAUAGCGGUGCAGAAUUGACUGAGGAAUUUCUGCUCGAAGAACUCCAUCCUAGAAAACUUGCCAGCAGACCCGCGUUUGCAAAACCUAAAGGCCCACCAAACCGCGGUGCAAAACGUUUGACUCGUCCACAAGAGCAAUCUUAAGGACAGUUAUAUCAUAAAGUACUAGGCUGCAUAUUCAUGUCGCAGCAAUAUGACUAAUGCUUUCCUUAUUCUUCCAUCUCAUGAUAAACUCGCAUUGAAUAGAAUUCAAAAACUGGACUUUAAG